CACACAAAUACUGCUUCCCCCGUUGUGAAUUGAAGUGGCAUGGCCAAUAAAUUCCGACGAAGUGCCUCUCUCAGUCAUUGUUGUAUUUGAAGUGGUGUCGAGGUGGAAUUGACUUGAGAAAUUUUCAGAAUCAAAGCGCCCUCUUGUAAUGCAGCACACAUUUUGUUACAAGAGCCUUCCUGGGUUGAAAGAGGAGUUCACUUUUCCUUGGAUGCAAAACCGACCGAUGACAUUGGAAACAGAGUUAUUGAGAGACCGUUCGUUCGUUAACCCGUUUUUAACAGCUCCUCCUGCUCCUCCUGGCUGUGUACCGUGUGCAAGCAUCCAGCAAAAGGCAGAAGACCAAGAUAGAAAGAGAUACGAAGAAUUUGAUCUGCGAUUUCACCCUGGUGUGGCUCCGGGUCGGCCAAAAUCUAAGCGAUUUUCGAUGACUUAUGUGGCACUAAUCGCCAGUGCUAUUCUGCGCUCACCCGAGAAAAGACUGACUCUCGCUCAGAUUUAUCAAGUUAUAGAGAAAAUGUAUCCAGAGUUCACCGUUUCCAGAGCUGGUUGGAAAAACACAGUUCGACAUAAUCUUUCCUUGCACGAAUGCUUCGUUAAAGGAGACGUUGCUGCCAACGGCAAAAGCUGCUUCUGGCACAUCCAUCCCGCAUAUAUGGCCAGGUUUAGUAAGGGAGAUUUUCGUAAACGCCCUUCGAGAGAGCUUUGCCCGCUUGAGGACCAAAGAGGAUGUGGCCCACGUUUGCAUUGGGACAGAAUGCAGCCAGGUCCCAUGCCUUGUACGUUUGGAGCAGGUGCAACAAGAUUCGCUGAUUAUCCAUAUGUUGGGGAACGUCACUCUUUUCCUCAGGGGAAGUUUUACCCCGGCUCUUCAAAUACCGUGCAGAAGUCAUGCGUGAGUUCAACCCUUCGCCCCUCUACGGAAUGGCUCAGCGAAUAUAAACCAUAUCCCUACUAUUAUCUGUUUUCGCCGAGAAACGCAUCGCUGCAGCAAACAGAUAAGAACAUACGCGCGGAUAAACCUGUAUGUUCCACACACUGACGACACUAGAUUUAAAAAUUCCUAUUUAAAAAUUAAACAGCUCAAGGCAGCUGACUGCAAACAAAUUCUACAGUUGAAACGUU